AUGGUUGGAAUGAGAGGAGCCAGUGAUGAGUCUAUUAAUGCUCUACCAAUACACAAGUUUAAGUUGAAGAGGAAUGUAAGUGGUAGUAGUGGAGACAGUGAUUCAAAAGUUGGUGAAUGUGAGUUUGUAGCAGUAGGAACAGAAAAUGAGUGUGCCAUCUCAGGGGAGGAUGCGGUUUGUUGCAUUUGCUUGGCAAGAUACGCAGAUAAUGAUGAGUUGAGGGAGUUUCCUUGCUCCCAUUUUUUUCAUACUGAGUGUGUAGAUAAAUGGUUGAAGAUCAAUGCAUCAUCUCCUCUCUGCAAAUUUGAAAUUGGUGAUAACAAUGUGAAUUCAUCAUCCACAGUAGACUCUAGUCAGCAAGUGUGA